CUGCUGGGGUUAAAGGUCUCCGCCAUGUAUAGGAGUAUCCAGAGCUGAGCCAAUGAGAGGGGUCCUCGCUUUGCAACAGGAAGGUUCAUUCACAAAGUGGCUGUGAGGACCGUGAGCUGCACCAGAGAUCUCUUCUGGUAUUGAUCGAUUCACAGCUUGUGUACUGUACGUGCAGCCUUUGCAGAGAUGGCGUACAUGGUAGUUUUGCAGCAAACAAAGUCAACACUUCAUCUUAAGAGGUCACCUGGUGUAAGAUCCUGGUCUGUCUUAGUUGGAAUUGGCUCCGUUGGUCUGGCUGCUGGUUACUACAGUACAGAUACUUGGGGCUGGAAGUUAUUCUAUAUACUCGGUUGCUUAUUUGUGGCUAUCCAGAAUAUGGAGGAUUGGGAGGAAGUCAUAUUUGAUAAGAAUAAAGGCACUGCAAUUCUUAAAAAUUUUAACCUCUAUACAAAAAUAUUGACUUUGUGGAGUAUGAGCAACGACCAAGUUGUGGCACAGCUUCAGCACAUUAAAGGUGUGAAAGUGGAGGAGGAGCGAGUCCGCUAUUUGGGGACAGGUCACCUCGUGAUUCUCCGCUUUGCCACUGGGUUUUCACACCCGCUUACACAGAGUGCGGUGCUGGGAGGUCGGAGUGACGUGGAAGCUGUAGCAAAACUUAUAACCAAGUUUCUAGGUCUUAAUGAAUUGGGCUUUGCUGAAAAGAUAGAACCGUCUCAGCCAGCAGUGAGAGCAGUGAGGAAGAAUUAUGACUAAAGAAGAAUGAAGAAGAAUGACUUUGUGGCAGUGGAAGGAAAGAACCAAAACACUUGUUACCUUCUUGCCUUACUAAAGUCUAUCCACAACACAUUUGCUGCAGAAUCCCAGUGAUGCAACCAAGAUGUCAGUGCAGCUGUGUAGAUAAUGCAUGUUGAACCCUCUGCUGGUCAAACCAAAUGCCUGUGUUUCGAAUUGCAGUGUUAUUGUAAAGUGCAGUUAGAUGUAUCUGAAUGCCACCAAGAAAUGAUGGAACGACUUAGUCAUUUAUAUAUUUGUAAUUUUGAAUGGUAGGUAAACAAGGAAAAUAAAAAGAAAUUCUACAACGGAAACAGUGACUUGUUCAUGUAAUGCUGACUGGUUGUGAGGUUAGGCUCAGUACGAAUGAGAAGUAUUCAAAGUGUCAGCAUUCAAGCUCCAUGUCAGAACUUUCAGCUCAUAAUGUAGGGUGUUACACCAGUUCAGUGCUGGGGGGGCACUUUGAUGCACUA